CGGCUCUGGGUUGUUGGCUGCCGUGCUCCUCCUCCUUCCCAGACCCAGACCAGUGCCGGCACCAUGUCGGCCUACCCUAAAAGCUACAACCCGUUCGAUGAUGACGCGGAGGACGAGGACGCCCGGCCAGCCCCAUGGGAAGACACCCGCGACCUCCCCGACGGGCCCGCGGACAGGUCUCAGUACCUGCGGCAGGAGAUACUGCGCAGGGCCGAGGCUACAGCCGACAGCACUAGCAGGUCGUUGUCCCUCGUGUACGAGUCCGAGAAGAUCGGGGUCGCCUCUUCCGAGGAACUCGUCCGUCAGCGAGGAGUCUUAGAACGCACAGAGAAGAUGGUGGACAAGAUGGAUCAGGAUCUGAAAACCAGCCAGAAGCACAUCAACAGCAUUAAGAGUGUGUUUGGGGGGCUCGUUAAUUACUUCAAAUCCAAACCAGCAGAGACCUCACCUGAACAGAAUGGCACCCUCGCCCCCCAGCCCAACAGCAGAUUGAAAGAAGCCAUAAGUAUUAGUAAAGAACAGGAGGCAAAAUACCAGGCCAGCCACCCAAACCUCAGAAAGCUGGAUAACUCAGACUCCGUCUCUGGAGGGGCUAGUUCUGCUGUGAGCACCGAUACUUAUCCGAAGAACCCACACCUUCGAGCCUAUCACCAGAAGAUCGACAGCAACCUAGAUGAGCUGUCCAUGGGACUGGGCCGUCUGAAGGACAUAGCCCUGGGGAUACAGACAGAAAUUGAGGAGCAAGACGACAUUCUUGACCGGUUGACAACCAAAGUGGACAAGUUAGAUGUCAAUAUAAAAAGCACGGAAAGAAAAGUGCGCCAACUCUAGAAACAGGGAUUUCCACUACAUCGUGAUGAAAAGAUUUGAAAGAUCUUUUUCAAACUCCCAAGAAAUUUCAUUUAUUAUUUUAGUAUAUAAUUUAAUGUGUGUUUGCAAAUGCUGUAAUAGAGUGGGUCUUAAGAGAUUUUUGUUGUUACGAGAAGGUGUGUGUCGCACUUUCUUUUUUAGGGCCAACACCUCUCUAAGUUCUUUUAGCUGAAUGCUUAGAGUUUUUGUCUGAGCACAAUAACCUGCCUCUGAAUAUCUUGGGCCUUUGAUUACCAUACUGGAAUAAGAAGAAAAAGUUGUAUUUUUCGCUUUAUUGAGUAUAUGGAAAGAUGUGGACAGAA